CUAACCUUGGACGAUAAUCUGUCAGACGUUUCAAAUGAAACUAUUCAGAGCAAUUAUGAUCUAGUCUGAAAUAGAAUAAACGUUCGGGAGUCCGUUCGCUUCUUAUUCCCCGAGAAUAAAACAGACAUUUCUCUCUGUGCUUCCUCUUUGUAAUUUUUUAAAUAAAUAUAUAGUAGUCGUGUCGAUAGCCGGUACGCUAUAAUGCGAGUGCCGACCAACGUUGUUUUUCUUAGCAUUUUUGUGAUCCUGUUGACUUGCAUAAGCAACAUUCAAUGCGAGAAAGGAAAGUUAGGUGAGGAAGAACUCAAGUCUCAAAAAUUUCCACCCUGCGCAGCAUGCAAAGUACUUACCAAUAGUUUCAAAAAGGGUUUAGAAAAGACAAGUCGUGGAAAGUUUGAAGGCGGAGAUAGUGCUUGGGAGGAGGAUAAGUUAGGCUCAUAUUCAAGAAGUGAAAUACGACUGAUUGAAAUACAAGAAAACUUAUGUAAAGACGUUGAGCGUGGCCAAGUGCAGUGCCAAUCUUUAGCUGAAGAAUUAGAGAGUCAGAUAGAGAAAUGGUGGUUUAAGCAUCAAGAUACUCAUCCAGAUAUAUAUGAUUAUAUCUGUAUUGAAAAGACAGAGCAUUGUUGUCCAAAAGAUCAUUAUGGCCCAAAUUGUACGCAAUGUCCAGGAUACCCAGAUAACAUCUGCAAUAAUAAUGGCAAAUGUAAAGGGGCUGGCACAAGAAAGGGAAAUGGAGGCUGCUUCUGCGAAAAAGGAUAUAUUGGAGACAUCUGUUCAGAUUGUGCUCCAGGAUAUUAUGAAUCUUACAAAGAUGAAAAAACUUUGCUAUGUUCUGUAUGCCAUGCAGCGUGUGAUGGACCUUGCAGAGGUGCUGGUCCAAAGGAUUGUGAGAAAUGUGCUGCUGGAUGGCACAUGAUUGAAGACAAAGGCUGUUUUGAUAUCGAUGAAUGCUUAAAAAAUGACAUUUGUCUUGGCAAUCAAUUCUGUGUUAAUAAAGAUGGAAGCUAUACUUGUUUGACUUGCGACAAAGCUUGCAAUGGUUGCACUGGCGAUGGGCCAGACAUGUGUAUCAAAUGCGCCAAAGAUUAUCAUAAACAGGAUAAUUUGUGUAUGAAUUCAGAUCUCCUUGGCCGCAAGAAACAAGAAAAUCUAGCAAGAUAUGUGACGUAUUUCGGACUUUGUGUGGCAACAUGUAUUAUUUUGCAGCGUAACGUUUAUGUAGCAAGUGUUAUCGGUUUGUUGGUUGCAGUAUAUAUAUCCGUCUCAGAGUAUAUGAUCACACAUAGCAAUGUCCAAGAUACAACUGCAAAUAUGGACAUUCUUGGACCAGCUUAAAUAGGAAUCUAAUUUAACCAUUCUCUAUAAAGACAUUUU